AUGCCUGAUUGUAGCACUUGUGGGCGUAUUCUUCCUUCUGAUGCAUUCAUAUAUGAGAGCAAAAACUAUAAGACUUGUAAUAGCUAUAGAUGUGCGAGAACUACUAACCAAAGCAAUCUAGAAACAUUUGUUGAGAUGAUUUUAAUACAUGAA